UAAUAUCGCUCAUUGCCACGUCAACUGGCUGGUCUGUUGGUGGUGUCGAGCGUAGCUGCUGAAGUUGACUCGGCAUCAACAGUGUUCAAAUCUGCGAACUCAGCUUGACUCACUUUAAUUCCUGCUUUGCAGCAACAGAGUUGAGAUCCGCCACCUCGUUUCCUACACGUUUCGUCAAAAACGAUGGAUUUCUCUGGGAAACGUGCUUUGGUGACCGGUGCAGGUGCAGGAAUUGGUCGUCAAACGGCCUUGCAUUUGUCCAAAUUAGGAGCCGAAGUGUUUGCGUUGAGUCGCACCAAGUCAAAACUCGAAACUCUUCAGCAAGAGGAUCCCAAGAUCAAAAUAAUCGCUGUGGAUGUGUCAGAUUGGGACGCUACACGAAAAGCAGUGUUGGAAAUCACACCAAUUCAACUACUCGUCAACAACGCAGCCACUGACAAUGAUGAACAGUUCCUAGCCACAACACAAGAAACGAUGAAUCAUAUGUUCAACGUCAACGUCAUGGCGGCGGUAAACAUUUCACAAGUCGUCGUCGAGGACUUAAUCAAGAGGAAGAUGAAAGGUAAUAUAGUGAUGGUGUCUUCUGAAGCUGGAUUGGUCGGGUUUUCAGACGGUUUUGCUUACAACAUGAGCAAAGCUGCCUUGGAUAACUGCGUCAAGAGCAUGGCUAUAGAACUCUCUCCUCUGGGUAUCAGAAUCAACUCGGUAAACCCUGGACUCGUGUUGACAGAUUCUGGUAAGAUUUGGGUAGAAAGAAAUGAGAAGAAGGCACAGGAAAUUAAACUUCGCACUCCAAUGCGUCGUUUUUCCGAAAUUUCAGACGUGACUAACGUGAUUGCGUUCCUACUUAGCGACAACAGCACCAUGGUUAACGGCCAUAACCUGCCUGUGGAGGGGGGCUGGCUGUGCGGCACGAAUUUUUUGGCUGAUGGACAUGAAAAUUAGUCUGCAUUUUUGGGUUUCCUGAAAAACCAUCGAAGAAAACUAUACUCGAGCUCCCUUGAUACCGUUUGGGGAGUGAGAUAAUUAGUUUUCGCAUGAGACCUAGCAGGUAGUUGAAUGUUUGCUAAGGAGGAAAAUGCAGAAAAUUCGGUGAUUCACGACAUCGCAGAAAAUUACUGCUUCCUUGAAUUCCGAGCCCUCAAUUCACUACAACUUUAAUUUUGCUGUUAUCAGCCACCCGGAACUGUUAUUAUAUUAUAUUAUUGUGAUAUUUUAUUUUAUUCUUAUAUUAAUAUCAGUAUAACCAGAACUGUUGCAGCUAACUCUGGUAGAACACACAACUCACUGCUCCCUUCCUGCUACUCUGAAGUGUAGCCACUCUGCCACACAGUGUAAACUGAAAUAUUAAUUGUUGUUAAUUUGCUAAUAUGUCAUUGAUGAAUUAUAUAUUCCCUUGUGACCUUUCGACCUCAUCAAGACUAAUUCACGUUUCAGUGUUGCAGAUACUUAAAUAUCAAUAUAUUUAUAUACUCGUAUAUAAGAAAUAUAUUGUUUAUACUCAAUCUCAGUCUUGUUGCAAUGUUUACAGGACGUAGUGAAUUUUAUAACCAUACAACUUUAUAAUGAAAAUUUAUUAUAUAAUUGUUAAUUUUACCAUUUGAUUAUCCGAUAUAAUUUUU